CAUGCGCGCUGGAGCGCGGUGGCUUGGCAGCUGGAGCCAAGAUGGCGGCCUCCAAGCUUGAGCCUCUGAGAGGCUGAGGGAGAGGAGGAAAAAGGGGAAGUGGCGAGGGGGGAAAAAGAAGAGGAGGAGCAGGCUGGAGGGCGCUUCAACCAUUCUGGACGGCGGGAGGAGCUCGUGCUGGAGCCUUUCCGGCCUCCUGUGAAGGUUUCAACACAAAAUGAAUAUAAUUAGAGAGAAUAAGGACUUGGCAUGUUUCUACACAACAAAACACUCAUGGAGGGGAAAAUAUAAGCGUGUCUUUUCAGUUGGAACCCAUGCAAUUACUACAUAUAAUCCUAAUACUUUAGAAGUAACGAAUCAGUGGCCUUAUGGAGACAUUUGCAGUAUCAGCCCUGUUGGAAAAGGACAAGGAACAGAGUUCAACCUCACAUUUCGAAAAGGCAGUGGAAAAAAAUCUGAAACUUUAAAAUUUUCUACAGAGCACAGAACAGAACUUCUUACAGAGGCACUGAGAUUUAGAACAGAUUUUUCAGAAGGAAAAAUCACAGGCAGGAGAUACAACUGCUAUAAGCAUCACUGGAGUGAUACUAGAAAACCUGUUAUUUUAGAGGUAACUCCUGGAGGCUUUGACCAAAUUAAUCCUGCAACUAAUAGAGUCCUCUGUUCAUAUGACUAUAGGAAUAUUGAAGGCUUCGUAGACCUCUCGGAUUAUCAAGGAGGGUUUUGUAUACUUUAUGGAGGAUUUAGUAGGUUGCAUUUAUUUGCAUCAGAGCAAAGAGAAGAAAUUAUUAAAAGUGCAAUAGAUCAUGCUGGCAACUAUAUAGGCAUUUCAUUGCGAAUCAGAAAAGAACCUUUAGAAUUUGAGCAAUAUUUGAAUCAUCGCUUUGGGAAAUACAGCACUGAUGAAUCCAUCACAUCUUUAGCUGAGUUUAUUGUACAAAAAAUAUCACCUAGACAUUCGGAACCUGUGAAAAGAGUUCUAGCCCUUACAGAGACAUGUUUAGUAGAAAGAGAUCCAGCUACUUACAAUAUUGCAACAUUGAAGCCUUUAGGAGAAGUAUUUGCACUGGUUUGUGACUCUGAAAAUCCUCAAAUUUUUACCAUUGAAUUUAUAAAAGGGCAAAUAAGGAAGUACUCUUCAACAGAAAGAGAUUCCUUACUAGCAAGUUUGCUGGAUGGAGUAAGAGCCUCUGGUAACAGAGAUGUUUGCGUGAAAAUGACUCCGACUCACAAAGGCCAGCGGUGGGGCUUGCUCAGUAUGCCUGUGGAUGAGGAAGUAGAGAGCCUUCAUCUCAGAUUCUUGGCUGCACCACCCAAUGGCAACUUUGCAGAUGCUGUGUUCAGGUUCAACGCGAAUAUUUCCUACAGUGGUGUUUUGCAUGCAGUAACGCAGGAUGGGCUCUUCUCAGAAAACAAAGAAAAACUGAUCAAUAAUGCCAUAACAGCAUUAUUGUCCCAAGAGGGAGAGUUUGCAGCUUCAAAUUCAGAACUGGAAAGUCAGUUCCAUGCUGUGAGGAGGCUUGUGGCUUCCAAAGCUGGAUUUCUAGCCUUCACUCAGCUUCCGAAGUUUCGGGAGCGCCUGGGAGUGAAGGUAGUAAAAGCAUUGAAAAGAAACCACAAUGGAGUGAUCCAUGCUUCUGUGGACAUGCUCUGUGCCCUCAUGUGUCCUAUGCAUGAUGACUAUGACUUAAGACAAGAACAGCUAAACAAAGCUUCCCUUCUCUCUUCAAAGAAGUUUCUGGAAAACUUACUGGAGAAAUUUAAUUCCCAUGUGGAUCAUGGGACUGGUGCCCUAGUCAUUAGUUCACUCUUGGACUUCCUUACUUUUGCCCUCUGUGCUCCAUAUAGUGAGACAACGGAAGGGCAGCAGUUUGACAUGCUCUUGGAGAUGGUAGCAUCCAAUGGAAGAACCCUCUUCAAACUCUUUCAGCAUCCAUCCAUGGCAAUUGUAAAGGGAGCUGGAUUGGUUAUGAAGGCAAUAAUAGAGGAAGGUGACAAAGAAAUUGCUACAAAAAUGCAGGAGCUUGCCCUAAGUGAAGGUGCCUUACCUCGACAUUUACAUACUGCGAUGUUUACAAUAAGCUCAGAUCAAAGGAUGCUUACAAAUAGACAGCUAAGUAGACACUUAGUGGGACUCUGGACAGCUGAUAGUGCAACUGCGGCGAACUUGUUGAAACGCAUUUUGCCACCAGGAUUGCUGGCAUACCUGGACAGCUCAGAUCCAGUUCCUGAGAAGGAUGCUGAUAGGAUGCAUGUCAGAGACAAUGUGAAAAUAGCAAUGGAUCAAUAUGGAAAAUUCAAUAAAGUCCCAGAGUGGCAGAGAUUAGCUGGAAAAGCUGCUAAAGAAGUUGAAAAAUUUGCCAAAGAAAAAGUGGAUCUUGUGUUGAUGCACUGGAGGGAUAGGAUGGGCAUUGCACAGAAAGAGGACAGAAACAAUCUGAAUAUAAAUCAAAAGCCAGUGGUUCUUCGAAAGAGAAGACAAAGAAUUAAAAUAGAAGCAAAUUGGGAUCUUUUCUAUUACAGGUUUGGACAGGACCAUGCCAAGUCAAACCUAAUUUGGAAUUUCAAAACACGAGAAGAACUGAGAGAUAAUCUUGAAUCUGAAAUGAGAGCAUUUAAUAUUGAUAGAGAGCUUGGUAGUGCUAAUGUGAUCUCCUGGAACCACCAUGAAUUUGAGGUUAAAUAUGAGUGCCUCGCAGAGGAGAUCAAAAUAGGGGACUAUUAUCUGAGAUUAUUGCUGGAGGAAGAUGAAAAUGAAGACAGUGGAUCAAUUAAGAGAUCGUAUGAAUUUUUCAACGAGCUCUAUCACCGUUUCCUGCUCACCCCAAAAGUAAAUAUGAAGUGUUUAUGCUUGCAAGCCCUUGCCAUUGUGUAUGGUCGAUGUCAUGAAGAUAUAGGACCUUUUACAGACACAAAAUACAUUGUUGGAAUGUUAGAGAGGUCCACAGAUAAACUUGAACGAGAUAGAUUGAUCCUCUUCCUCAACAAGUUGAUCCUUAAUAAGAAAAAUGUGAAGGAUCUCAUGGAUUCAAAUGGCAUUAGAAUUCUCGUGGACUUGCUUACUCUAGCUCAUCUCCAUGUGAGCAGAGCGACUGUCCCACUGCAGAGCAAUGUAAUUGAAGCUGCUCCAGAUAUGAAAAGAGAAAGUGAAAAGGAAUGGUACUUUGGCAACGCAGACAAAGAAAGGAGCGGCCCAUAUGGAUAUCGUGAGAUGCAAGAAUUGUGGACCAAUGGAGUAUUGAAUGCAAAAACCAGAUGCUGGGCUCAAGGAAUGGAUGGAUGGCGACCCCUUCAGUCAAUUCCCCAGCUUAAGUGGUGUCUGUUAGCCAGUGGACAGGCAGUACUUAAUGAAACUGAACUUUCUACCCUUAUACUGAACAUGUUGAUCACAAUGUGUGGAUAUUUCCCAAGCAGGGAUCAAGAUAAUGCCAUUAUUCGGCCUUUACCCAGAGUGAAAAGAUUGCUGUCCGACAAUGCUUGCCUUCCUCAUAUUAUACAGCUACUGCUGACUUUUGACCCAAUCCUUGUGGAGAAGGUUGCUAUUUUGUUGUACCAUAUCAUGCAAGAUAAUCCACAAUUACCUCGACUCUAUCUUAGUGGAGUAUUUUUUUUUAUCAUGAUGUAUACAGGGUCUAAUGUGCUUCCUGUUGCUCGGUUUUUGAAGUACACACAUACCAAACAGGCUUUCAAGUCAGAGGAGACAAAAGGACAAGAUAUUUUUCAGCGAAGUAUACUUGGACAUCUUCUACCAGAAGCAAUGGUUUGUUACUUGGAAAAUUAUGAGCCUGAAAAGUUUUCUGAGAUUUUUCUAGGAGAAUUUGAUACCCCAGAAGCAAUUUGGAGCAGUGAAAUGAGGCGCCUAAUGAUAGAGAAGAUUGCUGCCCACCUUGCUGAUUUCACACCUCGUCUUCAGAGCAAUACAAGAGCACUUUAUCAGUAUUGUCCAAUCCCAGUCAUCAACUAUCCACAACUCGAAAAUGAACUGUUUUGUAAUAUUUAUUACCUCAAACAACUUUGUGAUACACUCCGGUUUCCAGAUUGGCCAAUUAAAGACCCAGUGAAGCUUCUGAAAGAUACCUUGGAUGCCUGGAAGAAGGAAGUAGAGAAGAAACCCCCUAUGAUGUCCAUAGACGAAGCCUAUGAAGUGCUGAAUCUCCCUCAAGGACAGGGGCCGCAUGAUGAGAGCAAGAUUAGAAAAGCUUACUUCAGAUUGGCACAAAAGUACCACCCUGAUAAGAAUCCAGAGGGAAGGGAUAUGUUUGAAAAAGUGAAUAAGGCAUAUGAAUUUUUAUGUACCAAAUCAGCAAAAUUAGUGGAUGGACCAGAUCCAGAGAAUAUAAUUUUAAUUCUGAAAACACAGAGCAUCCUCUUCAACCGUCAUAAAGAAGAUUUGCAGCCUUAUAAAUAUGCGGGCUAUCCCAUGCUAAUUAGGACUAUAACAAUGGAAACUUCAGAUGACCUCCUCUUUUCAAAAGAAUCUCCAUUGUUACCUGCUGCUGCAGAACUGGCAUUCCACACUGUCAACUGUUCAGCCCUCAAUGCUGAAGAGCUCAGGAGGGAGAAUGGGAUAGAGGUUCUUCAAGAGGCCUUUAGUCGCUGUGUAGCUGUCUUGAAUCGUUCUAGUAAGCCAAGUGACAUGUCAGUACAGGUGUGUGGACACAUAAGCAAAUGCUAUAGCGUAGCUGCUCAGUUUGAAGAAUGCCGAGAAAAAAUCACCGAAAUGCCUGAUAUCAUCAAGGAUCUCUGUCGGGUGCUCUAUUUUGGCAAGGGAAUUCCACGAGUGGCUGCUCUUGGGGUAGAAUGUGUCAGCUCUUUUGCUGUGGAUUUUUGGCUCCAGACACACCUAUUUCAGGCUGGAAUUUUGUGGCAUUUGUUAGGUUAUCUAUUUAACUAUGACUACACGCUAGAAGAGAGCGGCAUUCAGAAAAGUGAAGAGACAAACCAGCAGGAGGUAGCCAACAGCCUUGCCAAACUGAGUGUUCGUGCUCUAAGUCGCCUGGGAGGUUAUUUGUCUGAAGAACAAGCAACCCCGGAAAAUCCAACCAUUAGGAAAAGUUUGGCUGGCAUGCUGACACCCUAUAUUGCUAGAAAACUUGCUGUGAUCAGUGCUACUGAGAUCUUGAAGAUACUCAACAGCAACACUGAGAGCCCCUAUAUGAUAUGGAACAACUCAACAAGAGCAGAACUACUGGAAUUUCUAGAAUCUCAACAAGAAAGCAUGAUUAAAAAAGGCGAAUGUGACAAGACUUAUGGAUCAGAAUUUAUUUACAGCGAUCAUGCCAAAGAACUUAUUGUGGGGGAGAUUUUUGUUAGAGUAUAUAAUGCAGUUCCUACUUUCCAACUAGAGGUUCCAAAAGCAUUUGCUGCAAGUCUCUUGGAUUACAUAGGCUCCCAGGCCCAAUACCUCCACACAUUCAUGGCUAUCACACAUGCGGCAAAAGUGGAAUCAGAGCAGCACGGCGACCGCUUGCCAAGAGUGGAAAUGUCUUUGGAGGCAUUGAGAAAUGUCAUAAAAUAUAAUCCAGGCUCUGAAAGUGAAUGCAUUGGACACUUUAAGUUAAUAUUUUCUCUCCUCCGAGUUCAUGGAGCUGGUCAAGUACAGCAACUGGCUUUAGAGGUGGUGAAUAUAGUGACAUCUAAUCAAGACUGUGUCAACAAUAUUGCUGAAUCAAUGGUUUUGUCUAAUUUAUUGGCUCUUCUCCACUCGUUGCCAUCAAGUCGUCAGCUGGUUCUGGAAACUCUUUAUGCAUUGACAUCAAGUACAAAGAUCAUCAAAGAAGCAAUGGCAAAAGGAGCUCUUAUUUAUUUACUGGAUAUGUUCUGCAACUCGACACACCCACAAGUUCGAGCCCAAACAGCAGAACUUUUUGCUAAAAUGACAGCAGAUAAACUAAUAGGUCCAAAGGUUCGCAUUACAUUAAUGAAAUUCCUACCCAGUGUGUUCAUGGAUGCCAUGAGGGACAACCCUGAAGCUGCAGUGCAGAUUUUUGAAGGGACCCAUGAAAACCCUGAGUUAAUCUGGAACGAUAGCUCCAGAGACAAAGUGUCCACUACAGUAAGAGAAAUGAUGCUCGAGCACUUUAAAAACCAACGAGACAACCCUGACGUAAACUGGAAGUUACCAGAAGAUUUUUCUGUGGUGUUUGGAGAAGCAGAGGGCGAACUUGCUGUUGGAGGAGUUUUCUUAAGAAUCUUCAUUGCACAACCAGCAUGGGUGCUAAGGAAGCCUAGAGAAUUUCUUAUUGCACUGAUGGAGAAGUUAACUGAACUCCUAGAGAAGAACAGCCCACAUGGAGAAACUCUGGAGACUCUGACAAUGGCAACAGUGUGUCUCUUCACUGCACAGCCUCAGCUGGCUGACCAGGUCCCACCUUUGGGCCAUCUUCCCAAAGUCAUCCAGGCGAUGAACCACCGGAACAACGCCAUUCCAAAGAGUGCCAUUCGAGUUAUCCAUGUGCUGUCUGAAAAUGAGCUAUGUGUGCGAGCCCUGGCAUCUUUAGAAACUAUUGGUCCAUUGAUGAAUGGAAUGAAAAAACGACCAGAUACUGUUGGCUUAGCCUGUGAAGCAAUUAAUCGAAUGUUUCAGAAGGAGCAGAAUGAAUUAGUGGGACAAGCCCUGAAAGCAGAUUUGGUUCCAUACCUCUUAAAGUUACUUGAAGGCAUUGGCCUUGAAAAUUUAGAAAGCCCAUCAGCCACUAAAGCGCAAAUCGUUAAAGCUCUCAAGGCCAUGACUCGAAGCCUGCAGCACGGAGAACAGGUGAAUGAAAUCCUGUCUCGUUCUUCAGUCUGGAGUGCCUUCAAAGAUCAGAAACACGAUUUGUUUAUAUCUGACUCACAAACAGCAGGAUACCUCACAGGGCCUGGAGUAGCUGGCUACCUGACUGCAGGGACAUCCUCGUCAGUCAUGUCCAACCUGCCGCCUCCUGUCGACCACCACGAGGCAAGUGACCUUGGCUACCAGACUUGAAACAUUCGUGAGAAACAAUGAAUGCUGAAAGGCCAGUGCCCAGUCCACCUUCCUCCAGCUCACAUGGUGAAGCAAACUCUUACUGCCUUUCUCCUGGUUUCACAACAGUGUUAUUCCUUUUUCUAUAAAUAUAUUUUUAUUUAGGAAAAACGUUAGUGAUUCUACUAGUAUCACAUUCUAAGAAAGCACUCUGUGGAUCAACUUCAGUGGGUACACAAGAAUUUUUUUUCUUGAUGUAUGUAAGCACAUUUUGUUCCUUUAUAUCUGUUUACAAGACUGUGAAUCAAAAAGACGAAACUUCCUUUCUAGUUUUUAUAAUGUUUUUUUGGAUUAGCGUGCUGUGGGGUUGCGCUGCCAUCAGCAGUAACUGGACUAAGUCGCUAGUUCCCGGGAAAGGGUAAUUCCUCAUCUCUAUCACGUCUCCACGAACGUCCGUCCGCCUGCCGCCGUCAGACACUACUAGGUUCCAUCCCCUUCCCGAUCACCGACGACGCCCUCUCCUCAGUCAUUAACCUGAGUGCUCACUCUCUGUAUCCGUCAGUCUGUAUAACUGGCUUUACCAAGUUGAAUGAGAAAGGAGCUUGUGCAAAAAUUUUUAAUUUAAAAAUAUCAAGAUGUUAUAUAAGAGAUUAGUGUAAUUGUGAAAUGUUCUAUACAUUACCAAACAUAAAACUUUCUAUAUUGAAUGUACAUUAUACAGAUCAUUCAUAUAUGUACAUAAAAUUUUAAAAAUAAAGGGAAUCGAUUGCUUUGUUAAUGAGAUAA